GAUAUGUGCGUGGAUGAGUCUUGAGCGGGUUGAAGCGCGGGAGACGCACGGUGACCGUUGUCUGAGCAGACCGUCAGCACUCAGCACCGAAAGCCGCAGCGAACGCCUCAGGAGCCCGCUUCGCCCAGCCCGCGGCAACAUGUUCAUUGGCAUCACCUCCAGUGGUGGCAACGUAAAUUCACACUACGAUUAUUUGAUUUGAACAAUACAGAGAUCACACACGACCGCACAAGGGUUCUAUAAUUAUGGCUCUGGAUUUUGUAGCUGGAUGUAUCGGAGGAAGUGUCGGCAUUAUAGCCGGACACCCGUUGGACACUCUGAAAGUACACAUUCAAUCGGGACGAGGAAGUGCGUUGGAGUGUACGAAAGCUCUUCUGAAAGGAGGGACGUUGUCGACGGUGUAUCGCGGCGUGUGGGCGCCGUUGGGGGGAAUAGCAGCAGUAAACGCUAUAGUAUUCGGGGCAUACGGGAACACCAGGAGAGCGUUACCCAACCCUGAUUCGUUGACGACGCACGCCGCGGCCGGCGCCUCGGCCGGUCUGAUGCAGAGCGUCAUUUGUGCGCCGGUCGAACUAGUGAAAACCCGACAGCAACUUGCUACAGCGGGUGAAGGCAUGCCCAAGGGGGCGUGGGCGGGCGCUCGACAUAUACUUCGAAUCGGAGGUUUUAAAGCGCUUUUUCGGGGCUUGAGUAUAACAGCGGCUCGAGACAGCCCCGCGUUUGCUAUAUAUUUCACAUCUUACGAGGUGAUGACUAGAGGAAAUCAAUCCGCUUUGAGAGUUUUCACUGCGGGGGGCGUUGCCGGCGCCCUCUCGUGGGUUUUACUGUAUCCUAUCGAUGUUGUGAAGUCUCGUAUACAAGGUGACACAAUCGGAAGAUACGUGGGCGCGUGGGACUGUUUCCUGAAGUCGAUACAGAGCGAAGGUUGGCGCUGCAUGGGGCGCGGACUCGGGGCGGUCACACUGCGCGCAUUCGUGAGCAACGGCGCUUGUUUUUCUGCCGUGGUGUGGACAGAGAGGGCGUGGCAACACUUCACGCCGGACACGGCUGUCAAGAAGUUGGUACAGGCGGCGGCGAUAAGUGACGCGGUACUGCACGAACCCGACUACAUCUGUGAUAUGUAAACACUCUGCAAGUUUGUAAUGAGGUUAAAAUUGCUACAUUAGCUGCCAUUUAUUUUACAGAAUUAUUUAUUUGUUUAUACAGCCGUAUCAUUUUACAGUAAACCAUAAUAU